AAAAUAGGGAGCAUCCGUGCUAAGAAUAUGGUAAAGAUGAGGUUGAUUCCCGAAGAAAGAGUAACGAAGUGUCAAUCUCUCUCUAGAGUGCGUAAAUAUUAUAUACAGAGAGGUACCACAUACUAUGAACGUAUGAUAACGCGAGUGUGAAGUAUCUCUGUUGGAGCAUUGCAAAAUAUUCGUAAAAGUGAGCAUCGUUGAGUGGCAUUUCUCAGUUAGCCAUCAAGCGUACAAGUAGAAGGUUCUGAAGAUUUACGUGAUUGAUUUCUGAUAAUUCGGUGUCUACAAAUCAAUGACUUUUAGGAUGAAUUAAAGUUGCACAUGCAAACACGGGCAAACAGCUUUCACCGUAAAGUUGCAAUACUAUCGGUAAUGUGCGAUAAAAUACGCUAUAUAAUAGAUAAUUGUAAGUGAAAUGACAAGGUGUUGGUAUAAAUAGGUACUUGGACGAAAGUUGGAACAAGUGUAUCUUCGUUUCUCUGGAAUGAUGAGGUCAAUGACUGGCUUCAAGAUACUGUUCGCAUGUUUGGCGUUAAUUGUUCUCCUGCAUGCAUCGGUUCAAGCGGGGCGCACUAAAGCAACCUCGAAUGUACCCUUGCGUCCACCACACUGUGGUUUCAGCAACGUUACGCAUACCAGGGUGGUUGGUGGUAGACCAGCUAAGCUUGGUGCCUGGCCAUGGAUCGCUGCAGUAGGUUUCCGUAACUGCUCAAACCCACAUUGGGUAACACAAUGGCUGUGCGGAGGUACCCUAAUAUCGACUAGGCAUGUUUUGACCGCAGCACAUUGUGCAGAUGACGAUGAUUUGUACGUGGUUCGUAUCGGGGACUUAAAUCUAAAACGAGAUGACGACGGAGCGCAUCCUAUUCAAAUAGAAGUCGACUCUAAACUAAUACAUCCCGAUUAUUCUUCCGAGUCGAACAAUAAUGAUAUUGCUAUUCUUAAACUGAAGGAAGAUGUUCCAUUUUCGGAGUACAUAUAUCCCAUUUGUCUCCCCAUAGAGAAAUCCCUUCGAAAUAAAAACUUCGUGGGCUAUAAUCCCUUCAUUGCUGGAUGGGGAGCAUUAAGAUUUGAUGAACCAUAUACUAACGCAUUAAUGGAACUACAACUGCCAGUGGUUACCAACGCCGUAUGCGAGAAAGCUUAUGAGGAGUUUGACGUAACUAUAACCAAUAAAGAAAUAUGCGCCGGCGGAGACCCUCGGGGUGGAAAGGAUGCUUGUGGAGCUGACAGCGGAGGACCACUGAUGAUACCACAGCAAUUCAUCUACUAUCAAAUAGGUGUUGUGUCAUCUGGUCAUAACUGCGGCGUACCUGAUUAUCCGGGCAUUUACUCUAGAGUCACGUCGUACCUCGACGACUUCAUUAUCCCAGUGUUGCAAAAUUAUUAGUGUUCCAUAAAUAUCAUUUUUCGUGCAGGAAAAGAAAAGUUGGAAUGUAUUAUUGUGGAGAAAAGAAGCAGCUCAAAUUUAUAUUGUUUUAAAGCUCCUAUAAAUUUUGCUUCCGAUGUAUAAAGAGAAUGAUUAAGUAUUCCACAUAAGACGUAUAUUUCUUAUAUAUACAUGCAAAAUUGCCGAAUACUCUGAAACAUUGUAUAAGAUAAAGAGCUUCAGGAAGUUCGGACACAGAGAGUGUAUUAGAUACAAGAUAAGUAUCGUGUCUCCCAAAACUAUUUUUUUAUUCGUUAAAAACGUCGUAUCUACUCAUGUGUAACGUAAAUCACAUCAGAGAUAAGGACACACACACACACCACGGGGCA